AAGAACGUGAAGUGAGGAAGAGUCCAAAAACACAUCACGAGCCAUUACAAGACAAACCCAAGGAUCCAACCUCCACCAUAUGCAUGCAUCUUCCCUGUACCUAAAAAUUCAGGGCCGUGAAGCAAAACCAAGCAAAAGCUCCAUCUCUCAUUCAGUACUUUCUCUUCAACAUUAAUGGCUAGACUCACAUGGAAGUUAGCUCUUAUAAUCUCUUUUCCCUUAAUGGCCCUCACUUUCUUAUACAUUCCCGUCCAUGCCCUUAACAUUGGUGUUCAAACUACUGGCUCUGCUAUCUCUCUGAGUAAAGAAUGUAGUACAAAAUGUGAGUCAGAUUUCUGCACAGUUGCUCCAUUUCUGAGAUAUGGAAAGUACUGUGGGCUGUUAUAUAGUGGAUGCCCAGGGGAGAAACCUUGUGAUGGACUUGAUGCUUGUUGUAUGAAGCAUGAUGCUUGUGUCCAAUCUAAGAACAAUGAUUAUCUGAGCCAAGAAUGCAGCCAAAACUUGAUAAACUGCAUGAGCAACUUCAAGAACUCAGGAGGGCAUACAUUUGCAGGAAACAAAUGCCAUGUUGAGGAAGUCAUUGAUGUCAUCUCUCUUGUCAUGGAAGCUGCCUUGCUUGCUGGAAGAUAUUUACACAAACCUUAAAUGAAUCAACACACACAAUUUCAUGAAUCUCAAUGUUAUAAUAACCAUCAAAGAAUGUCUUUCUUUUGUGUAAUUUUUUUUUUCCUCCCUUUUUCCUCCUUGUUAAUGGACGAUUUCCAUACUCAUCUCUUUAUUGUAGUUCA